GCCAAGAUGGCGGCGGAGCUGGUGGAGGCGAAAAACAUGGUGAUGAGUUUCCGAGUCUCAGAUCUUCAGAUGUUGCUGGGUUUUGUUGGCAGGAGUAAAAGCGGACUUAAACAUGAACUAGUCACCAGAGCAUUGCAAUUGGUCCAAUUUGACUGCAGCCCUGAAGUCUUCAAGAAAAUCAAGGAGCUCUAUGAGACUCGCUACGCCAAGAAGAGCUCCGAGGUGGCGCAGCCCCAGCCCCAGCAGCACCGCUCACCCGACGCCCUCUCCAUACACUCAUCCUACGACCGCGGCAGCGCCGUUGCUCGGACUUCUAUCUCCACCACAAACAUUGACUAUCCCACGCUCUAUGGGAAGUAUCUUAACGGACUGGGGAGGUUGCCACCCAAAGUUGCAAAGCCUGAGGUUCGGCUGGUGAAGCUUCCCUUCUACACAACCUUGGAUGAGCUGCUGAAGCCCACAGAGUUAGUUCCACAGAACAAUGAGAAGCUUCAGGAGAGUCCAUGCAUUUUUGCAUUGACACCAAGACAAGUGGAGCUGAUCAGAAAUUCCAGGGAGUUGCAACCCGGUGUGAAAUCUGUUCAGGUUGUGCUAAGAAUCUGUUACACAGACACCAGUUCUCCUCAGGAGGAUCAGUACCCUCCCAACAUCGCAGUGAAGGUGAACCACAGUUACUGCUCGGUGCCGGGCUACUAUCCAUCAAACAAACCUGGAGUGGAACCUAAAAGGCCCUGUCGACCCAUCAACCUCACCCACCUCAUGUACUUGUCUGCAGCGACCAACCGCAUCACUGUCACCUGGGGCAACUACGGCAAGCCCUACCUGUGCCACGCAGUGGCGGCGCCGCCUUCGCCCACAACUACGACUGUGAAGAACCACAUGAAGUUCCACACCCGGGCUGCGGCCCUAUCAGUGCGAGAGCUGCUUCAAGACUUUCGUUCCGUCCGGACCCACUUGGCACAGGCCACCUUUAAAAAAAAGAUGGAUGCAACGGAAAUUCCAUCCCGGAGGGGUCGGAAAACCCCGGGUGAGGGAUGGCGGAGCUCUGCCUCCUACCCCGACGGGGACCGCCGAAGAUGGAAGUUUUCAAAGCUGGAGGAGAGAGUCAGGAAUCAGAGGACCACCACCCUGCAGGGGACCGGGCAGGAGGAGCAGCAGCAGCAGCAGCACUUUGAGGAGAAAUUCAAAACAACGAAGAGUCAGGAUUGA